UCAAAAGAAUGGCAAGAAGGAUAAUAACGGAAAAAAGCAGAAGAAUGGAGGCAGGUUUUGAUGAAUUUCCGGAAGGAUGCAUCUCAGCCAUUCUGUCUCGUACGACUCCUGUUGAUGUUUGCAGACUCUCCCUUGUUUCCAAGACUUUCCUUUAUGCCGCUGAUUCCGACGCUGUUUGGAACCACUUUCUCCCUUUGGAUUCCCGUCUCAUUAACUCUAUCAUCUCACAUUCUCCUUCCCUUGCCAACGCUCCCACCAAAAAGGCCCUCUAUCUCGCUCUCUCCGAUAGCCCAAUCAUCAUCGAUCAUGGUCGAAAGAGCUUUAAAUUGGAUAGGAAAAGUGGAAAAAUAUGUUACAUGCUUGCUGCCAGAUCUCUCACCAUUCAUUGCGGUGAUGGUGACAGUGAUGAUGAUAGUGAUGAUGAACUACUCAUUGAUAAAGAGUGGAUUCAUAUGAAUGAUUCCAGGUUUCCUGAAGUCGUUAAGCUUUGUCUUGUGUUCUCGCUUGAAAUUCGUGGAAUAAUUAACACUUUUUCCUUGUCCCAAAAUACUUGGUAUGCGGCUUAUCUUGUGUUCAAGAUGAUUGAUGAUUAUGGAUUUGAGAAUGAACCUAUGGACCUAUCAAUUGAUGUAGUAGGUGGCCAUAGUAGCACUAAAUCCGUCUGUUUGGAUCCAAACGCGUCACUUAACAAAGAAAGAACGUGCUCGAGGAAUCACUCCUACAAACGUCGUACCGUUUGCAAAUGUCCCGGUCCUAGAUGGAGGCCAUUCCCGAAUGUAAUAGGAUUGCAGCGCCCUACCAUGAGAAGCGAUGGGUGGUUGGAGAUUGAGAUGGGAGAGUUAUUCAAUUCAAGACUUGAAGGAGAAGAAGUCCAAAUGAGUGUUGUCGAGAAAUUGGAGAGUGGCAAUAAGAAGGGAAAUUUCUUUCUUGAAGGAAUAGAAGUUAGGCCUAAGGAGGAAAAUUAAGCAAUAUUCAUUGAAUUAUGCAGGGUCUUGUCUCUUAGGUGUGUUGAGGGAAUGCUUGUGCAUGAUUUCUUGUCAUGAUGUUUGGGUUAUAUGAAUGAAUAUUGAAACAAAGAGUCUUCGAUUAAAUUGUUCACCGUUUCUUAAAAGUCUUGCACCUUGACCAAUGCAUUACAUAUGUUUAAGGAUGGUCAAGUGUUGCUUGAAUAUUGAGUAUCGAGAUUGGGAAAAUAAAUUGAUUGUUUAUGAUCUAAGGGAUGACACUUAUAAGUCUUAAAUACAUGUGUGUUUAUGCUGGAGAAAUGUGUGCUCAGAGUUUGAUAUCACCUUAGUCUUAUAUUUAGGAUUUAGAUGCGGUGUAAUGUUACUUGAGCAUAUCACUUUUUAUGUUUUUUAUUGAUUAC